AUGUCCCGGAUCCUCGAAGGCCAAGCGGGUGUGGUGAACAUGAUUGACGACAUCCUCGUCUUUGGGAAGACACGCUCCGAGCAUGACCGCCGUCUCCGACAAGUCAUGGACUGGCUAGCAAAGGCAGGAGUCACGCUCAACCGCAAGAAAUGCUCGUUUGCGACUUCGAGUGUCAAGUUCCUUGGCGUCAUGGUCAGCGCGGAAGGGAUUUCUCCAGACCCAGACAAGGUUGCAGCGAUGCGAGCCAUGCAUCCACCCGAAGAUGUCGCAGGGGUCCGUCGCCUGCUAGGCCUCCAGUCUGCCUUCUCCGAACUGAAGAAGCUACUGUGCUCAGACCUCUGCGUGGCUCGCUACAACACCACGUACAAGACCACGAUCUCAGCUGACGCCAGCUCCUAUGGUCUCGGGGCAGUACUUCUCCAAGAACAGCCGUCCGAAAAAGAAGCUUUGGCGGCCAGCUGGGCGGUACAAAGGUUCGAGGAAUACGUCCGUGGACUCCAGUUCUUCCUCGAGACAGACCAUCAACCGCUAGUGGCACUCUUGGGUUCCAUGGAUGUUGACCUACUGCCACCGCGGAUCCAGCGGUUUCGCUUGAAGCUCAUGCGUUUCCAGUACCAAGUACUCUAUGUACCGGGGAAGCUGCUGGCAACAGCUGAUACGCUUUCGCGCGCACCGCUGGACUGCCCUUCAUCCAACCGGGUGAACCAAGUAGAGCUCUUUGCCCAAGAGGUCGUCCGCUCCUUCCCGGACAUCGUCUCGUCGCAGCUCGAGCACCUGCGCCAGGCCGAAGCCAACGACGGCGAGUGCAGCCUGCUGCUUCAGUACUGCGCCAACGGCUGGCCUCGGCAGUCCCACUUGCCUCUCCAUGUGAAGAAGUACUGGCAGUACCAAGGAGACCUCAGCGUCUGCGAGGGACUGCUUCUAAAAGGGUCCCGGUGCAGCGCUCGGAGCCCAUGCUCCCCUCAACCACUCCAAGUCGGCCAAGAGGUCGGCAUCGAUCUUUUUCAUCUCAACGGCCAAUACUUUGUCCUUCUGGUGGAUUACCGGUCACGUUUCCCGGAAGUCAUCAGUCUGCGUUCAACCACAGCACUUGCGGUCAUCAACGCCAUCAAGAGCGUCUUCGCACGCCAUGGCAUUCCGAGACUGGUGCGCAGCAACAACGGCCCUCAGUUUGCUGCGAAAGAGUUCUCCGCCUUCGCCAAGUCCUACGGCUUCUGCCACGUCACCAGCAGCCCCCAUUUUCCACAGUCGAAUGGGGAGGUGGAACGGAUGGUGAGGACAGUCAAAGACCUGUUGCGGAAGGCGGAUGAUCCCUACCUGGCACUUUUGGCAUACCGGGACACACCUGGGGUAAAUGGAGCGAGUCCUGCUCAGCUGCUCAUGGGUAAGCGCCUACAGACCCGGCUGCCGAAGACGUCGCACCUGCUGGAGCCAGCCUGGCCUCCUUCGGUCACAAUUACUCAACGUGACCAAGACAACCGAAGGCGCCAAGCGUCAGACUUCAACCGAAGACAUGCAGCUCACACCUUGCGGCCUCUUCAGGCGGGAGAACAGGUCUGGGUGCGAGAUGUCAACUCCCCAGCAACCGUCUUAGGGCCAGCUCAACGCCCGCGCUCCUACGUGGUGGAGACUCCGACAGGUGUACUUAAGCGUAACCGGAUGCACCUGGUGUCUACGACGGGAACCCCCACUGCCAACCCUCCUGUAACCCCAGUAGCGGAUCAGCCCGAGACGACUACAACACCUGGAGCUGACCAAGCAGCAAAAGACCAGCAAACCACGUCGCCUCGGGAAAGCACCUCCACUGCAGAGGAACCUCAGGGUUCUGCUUCCACGCCACGCGUCUCACGGUCGCGGUAUGGCAGGAGUAUCCGCAGGCCGAAAAGACUCGACCUGUGA